GCGCAGCCCUGCCCCGCCCUCCUCCUCCCUCCCGCCGCCCCACACUUCGGAGUUCACCUUCCCCUCCAGCCGUCUACGCUUCCCGGGCUUCUCGGGAGGGGAGAGGCGGAGGAGGCGAGGCUGCCGCCUGGAGAGGCCGCCCGCCCGCGGGGUGCGGCUCUGAGGCCCCGGGACGAAGUUCAGGGGAGCAACUCCGGCCCCGAGCCGCCGCCGGGGACGUGGGGACACGGGCCGGCAGGCCGAGCCCUCUGCAGCGCGCUGGCAAGUUUGUGGAACACUUUCUAGGAAUUAGGUCUUUUUCCUCUCCUGUCCUCGCCCUGACUUCCGAAGAAAGAACUUGGUUUUGGAUGGCAGUGGAGCCUGAAGAGGGAGGGUUGGCACACUCCAAUAACCCCUCCGACUGGGCUGCGUUUGCGGGGAUCUGGGGAGCAGGGGUGGAAACUCCGCAGCCUUCGGGGCGCCUCCGCUCAUUCGGAUGAAGCUGAACGCGCCCCAUCCAGGACCACGCCACUAAGCCCUUCUCACCCUGCCAUCUGCCCUCCUUGACUUUAAUUAGCAUCUAGGCAAGUCUGAACUUUGGACCUACCUCUUCUUUUGAUACUUAUUUUUGUACUUUUGCUCUCUGGGAUUGGUUUCUUAAAACAAUCUGGAUCCUUUUUAAUAUGUCAAAAUGAGUCGGCUGAUGUUUACACAACUACUGCUCUGUGGAUUUUUAUAUGUUCCCGUCGAUGGAUCUCGUCUUCGUCAGGAAGACUUCCCCCCACGGAUUGUGGAGCACCCUUCAGAUGUCAUUGUUUCCAAGGGGGAGCCCACCACAUUGAACUGUAAGGCAGAGGGCCGGCCCACGCCCACCAUUGAGUGGUACAAGGAUGGCGAGCGGGUGGAGACCGACAAGGACGACCCGCGCUCCCACAGGAUGCUGCUGCCCAGCGGAUCCUUGUUCUUCCUGCGCAUCGUGCACGGCCGCAGAAGUAAACCCGAUGAAGGAAGCUACGUUUGCGUUGCAAGAAACUAUCUCGGCGAAGCAGUGAGUCGAAAUGCAUCUCUGGAAGUGGCAUUGUUACGAGAUGACUUCCGGCAAAAUCCCACAGACGUUGUGGUGGCAGCUGGAGAGCCUGCCAUCCUGGAGUGCCAGCCCCCCCGAGGACAUCCCGAACCCACCAUCUACUGGAAGAAAGACAAAGUUCGAAUUGAUGACAAGGAUGAAAGAAUAAGUAUCCGUGGUGGAAAAUUGAUGAUCUCCAAUACCAGGAAAAGUGAUGCAGGGAUGUACACCUGUGUUGGCACCAAUAUGGUGGGAGAAAGAGACAGUGAUCCAGCAGAGCUGACUGUUUUUGAACGACCCACAUUUCUCAGGAGACCAAUUAACCAAGUGGUGCUGGAGGAAGAAUCAGUUGAAUUUCGUUGUCAGGUCCAAGGAGAUCCUCAACCAACUUUGCGGUGGAAGAAGGAUGAUGCAGACUUACCAAGAGGAAGAUAUGACAUCAAAGAUGAUUACACACUGAGAAUUAAAAAAGCCUUGAGUAUAGAUGAAGGCACUUACAUGUGCAUUGCUGAGAAUCGGGUUGGAAAAGUGGAAGCCUCUGCCACCUUGACUGUUCGAGCUCGCCCUGUUGCUCCUCCACAGUUUGUGGUUAGGCCGAGAGAUCAGAUUGUUGCACAAGGUCGAACAGUGACAUUUCCCUGUGAGACUAAAGGAAACCCACAGCCAGCUGUGUUUUGGCAGAAAGAAGGCAGCCAGAACCUGCUUUUCCCAAACCAACCACAGCAGCCCAAUAGUAGAUGUUCUGUGUCACCAACCGGAGACCUCACGAUCACCAACAUUCAACGUUCAGAUGCGGGUUACUACAUUUGCCAGGCCCUAACUGUGGCAGGAAGCAUUUUAGCAAAAGCUCAACUGGAAGUUACUGAUGUUUUAACAGAUAGACCUCCACCCAUAAUUCUACAAGGCCCAGCCAACCAAACACUAGCAAUAGAUGGCACAGCAUUACUGAAAUGUAAAGCAACUGGUGAACCUCUUCCUGUAAUUAGCUGGUUAAAGGAGGGAUUCACUUUUCUGGGCAGAGAUCCAAGAGCAACUAUACAAGAGCAAGGAACAUUGCAAAUUAAAAACUUACGGAUUUCUGAUACUGGAACUUAUACUUGUGUGGCUACAAGUUCAAGCGGGGAGACUUCCUGGAGUGCUGUGCUGGAUGUCACAGAAUCUGGAGCAACAAUCAGUAAAAAUUAUGAUUUAAAUGACCUGCCAGGACCACCAUCCAAACCACAGGUCACUGAUGUUACUAAGAACAGUGUCACCUUGUCCUGGCAACCAGGUACCCCUGGAACCCUCCCGGCAAGUUCAUAUAUCAUUGAGGCGUUCAGCCAAUCAGUGAGCAAUAGCUGGCAGACAGUGGCAAACCAUGUAAAGACUACACUCUAUACAGUGAGAGGACUGCGGCCUAAUACAAUCUACUUAUUCAUGGUCAGAGCAAUCAACCCCCAAGGCCUCAGUGACCCAAGCACUAUGUCAGAUCCUGUGCGCACACAAGAUAUCAGCCCACCAGCACAAGGAGUGGACCACAGACAAGUACAGAAGGAACUGGGAGAUGUCAUUGUUCGUCUUCAUACUCCAGUUGUUUUGACUCCCACGACUGUUCAAGUCACAUGGACAGUGGACCGGCAGCCUCAGUUUAUUCAAGGUUACCGUGUGAUGUAUCGCCAGACCUCAGGCCUGCAGGCCACACCAACAUGGCAGAAUUUAGAUGCUAAAGUCGCAAAUGAGCGAAAUGCUGUCCUAGUCAAUCUCAAAAAGGGGGUGACUUAUGAAAUUAAAGUACGACCUUACUUUAAUGAGUUCCAAGGAAUGGAUAGUGAAUCCAAAACAGUUCGUACUACCGAAGAAGCCCCAAGCGCUCCCCCACAGUCUGUCACUGUGCUGACAGUCGGAAGCCACAACAUCACAAGUAUUAGUGUUUCCUGGGAUCCUCCUCCUCCAGAUCAUCAGAAUGGAAUCAUCCAAGAGUACAAGAUCUGGUGUCUUGGAAAUGAAACACGAUUUCAUAUCAACAAAAGUGUGGAUGCAGCCAUUCGGUCUGUAAUAAUUAGUGGAUUAUUCCCAGGUAUUCAAUACCGGGUAGAGGUUGCAGCAAGUACCAGUGCAGGGGUUGGAGUAAAAAGUGAACCACAACCAAUAAUAAUCGGUGGACGAAAUGAAGUUGUCAUUACUGAAAACAAUAACAGUAUAACUGAGCAAAUCACUGAUGUUGUGAAGCAACCAGCCUUUAUAGCUGGCAUUGGUGGUGCCUGCUGGGUGAUUCUGAUGGGUUUUAGCAUCUGGUUGUAUUGGCGAAGAAAGAAGAGAAAGGGACUCAGUAAUUAUGCUGUUACAUUUCAAAGAGGAGAUGGAGGACUAAUAAGCAAUGGAAGCCGUCCAGGUCUUUUAAAUGCUGGAGACCCCAAUUAUCCCUGGCUUGCUGACUCAUGGCCAGCCACAAGCUUGCCAGUCAACAAUAGCAAUAGUGGCCCAAAUGAGAUUGGGAAUUUUGGGCGCGGAGAUGUGCUGCCACCGGUUCCAGGCCAAGGGGAUAAAACAGCAACGAUGCUCUCAGAUGGAGCCAUUUAUAGCAGCAUCGACUUCACUACCAAAACUACUUACAACAGCUCUAGCCAAAUAACACAGGCUACCCCAUAUGCCACGACACAGAUCCUGCAUUCCAACAGCAUUCAUGAAUUGGCUGUCGAUCUGCCUGAUCCACAGUGGAAAAGCUCAAUUCAGCAAAAAACAGAUCUGAUGGGAUUUGGUUAUUCUCUACCUGAUCAGAACAAAGGUAACAAUGCCUUACUUUACAUCCCUGACUACCGAUUGGCUGAGGGAUUGUCUAAUAGAAUGCCACACAACCAGUCACAGGAUUUCAGCACCACCAGCUCUCACAACAGCUCAGAGCGGAGUGGCAGUCUCUCAGGUGGAAAAGGUGGAAAAAAGAAGAAAAAUAAAAACUCAUCUAAACCGCAGAAAAACAAUGGAUCGACUUGGGCCAAUGUUCCUCUACCUCCUCCCCCUGCCCAGCCCCUUCCUGGUUCAGAGCUGGAACACUACACAGUGGAACAGCAAGAAAAUGGCUAUGACAGUGAUAGCUGGUGCCCGCCAUUACCAGUACAAACAUACUUGCACCAGGGCAUGGAAGAUGAACUGGAAGAGGACGAUGAUCGUGUCCCAACACCUCCUGUCCGAGGGGUGGCUUCGUCUCCUGCUGUUUCCUUUGGACAGCAGUCCACGGCAACGCUCACUCCAUCCCCACGGGAAGAGAUGCAACCCAUGCUGCAAGCUCACCUGGACGAGCUGACAAGGGCCUAUCAGUUUGACAUAGCAAAGCAAACAUGGCACAUUCAAAGCAAUAAUCAACCUCCACAGCCCCCGGUUCCACCAUUAGGUUACAUGUCCGGAGCCUUGAUUUCUGAUUUGGAAACAGAUGUUCCAGAUGAUGAUGCUGAUGAUGAGGAGGAAGCUUUAGAAAUCCCCAGGCCCCUGAGAGUGCUAGAGCAGAUGCCUGGAUCCAGCAUGGACAAUCUGGAUAGCUCUGUGACAGGUUCAAUGGUAAAUGGAUGGGGCUCUGCAUCUGAUGAGGAUCGUAACUUUUCUAGUCAUAGAUCUAGUGUAGGUAGCUCCUCAGAUGGCUCCAUCUUUGCCAGCGGCAGUUUUGCACAAGCUCUGGUGGCAGCAGCAGAUAAAGCUGGCUUUAGGCUGGAUGGAACCAGCCUUACAAGAACAGGCAAAGCCUUUACCUCCUCUCAAAGGCCUCGACCAACCAGCCCAUUUUCUACUGACAGUAACACCAGUGCAGCCCUGAGUCAAAGUCAGAGGCCUAGGCCAACUAAAAAACACAAGGGAGGGCGAAUGGACCAACAACCAUCAUUGCCUCAUCGGAGGGAAGGAAUGACAGAUGAUCUUCCACCACCACCAGACCCCCCUCCAGGUCAGGGUAUAAGGCAACAAAUAGGCCCGAGCCAGCAUGUUGGUAACAUGGAAAACUCAACAGAGAGAAAAGGAAGCUCUCUGGAGAGACAACAAGCAUCCAACUUAGAAGACACAAAGAGCUCAUUGGAUUGUCCAGCUAGAACGUCCCUAGAGUGGCAGCGACAAACCCAGGAAUGGAUUAACUCCACAGAACGCCAAGAAGACAUACGGAAAGCCCUACACAAACAAGGUGUUGGACCAGAGGAGACCUUGGUGCCCUACAGCAAGCCCAACUUUCCGUCUCCAGGAGGGCACAGCUCAUCAGGAACAGCAUCUUCGAAAGGAUCCACUGGACCUCGGAAAGCUGAGGUGCUGAAGGGGGGCCACCAGCGCAAUGUCAGCGACCUUCUUGACAUAGGCUAUAUGGGCUCAAGUAGUCAAGGACAGUUUACGAGUGAAUUAUAAUAACUGAGAUGAGUCAUGCAAAGCUGCUCUGAAGGACCAUCAGGUCUGAACUCAUGGAAGUGAUGACACUUAAACAGUGCAAUGAACAAUUUCUUUAUUUAUGUACUAUUAAAAGAACUGUAAAUGCAAUGUAAAGACACACAGCCACACAUAUCCCACAGAUAUUUUCCUUUUGUUCUUCUGUUACUUACACCACCCACCUUAACUCUUUCUUGUCAGGAGUAAACAAAAAAGAAAGAAAACAAAGCUCGCCCUCCAGGAAGCAAAGGAUUUCCUCUGUAUAUAAUUUCUUUUGUGCAUUGCUAUGCAAGCUCACUCUUUUUAGCUCUGUUCAUAUUAUUGUCUGUUCUUACUGGUCUGUUGUACUAUAUGUGAAUUAAUAGGCUGUGGUGCCAUAUAUUAACUUUUAAUUGUGUAACUUUUAUGUUUUUAAAUUUUGCACUGCAAUUUUAUUUGGUGAUAAGCACAAAUCUCUACUCCUCGUGACAUGAAGAAAAAGACUGAAUGUGAAGGGAGUUGCUGUACUGUAAGCUAGAUGGAUAACGCUGAUUGUAGCCAAUCACGUUGGAUGGUUUUUGGUUGGGAUAUAGAAAUAGGAAGAUGCGAAGGACAGUGGUGUUAGUGAAGUCUUCUUUGAACAUCAGGGACCAAGUCAAUUAAAAAAAAAUAAAAAAAAUAAAAAUAAAAAAGCAGAUUGGUGGCUUUUACUGUUGAUAAAAGUGUGGGUCAAAAGAAGGAAGUUUAAGACUUAAGUCUGAAUAGGCAUUAAACUAUACAAGUAGCGAAGAUAUACUAAGCUUGCUUUAAGACAUAAUAAAGAAAUUAAAGUUAUAUUUAGAAUCAGCUUUAUCUCUCGUUGUAAUUGACCCACCUGAGAAUUGCAACAAGCAAAAUGAAAUUAAGGUGUUUCACAAGAGCUGUAUUUAUAUUACAGUUUGGUUUU